ACAUUAUUCAAUAACCUUACAAUUUCUUAGGCUUACCCGAUUACCGAAAUUAUAAUAGAUCAUUAUUUUUUUCCUCUGCACUUCUCUCCAAAAGUCUCGAUUCAUCCUUAUUAAUGUUGGUGUAUAUUUUUAUAUAUCAAAUCACUCACUCAUACCAACAUUUCUAAAACUCCAUUAUCUUUGUUUAUCACAAAAUUUCAGGCAUAAGAGCAAAUACUCACACCUUCUUCUUCAGCUCAUUUGAGCUCUUGUAUAUAAAGGAUUAUCCUCAUUAAUCCUUCAUCUACACCUUCCAUAUGUUUUCCAUAUAUCAAUAAGUAAAUUGUCAAGAACUCUACCUUUUCAUCUCUUUCCAUUUUGUUGCUGAUGGGGCUUGAAGUGAAGAUGGUUUGAAGGAGAAAAUCAGAAGUGUAGCAAAAGUACUAGAACUUCCAAAAGCCACUUAAAUCAUUUCCAAGAUAACGAGUAUGUGGGAAUCUGAAAGUGAAACAGCAGCUGGAAGGGAAUAUGGAGGUGGAGUUCUCACCUCAACCAAACAUGGUGUUAAGAUUGAAGGUUUUCAUCAAAGAGGCAACUCAUGGUAUGUUUCAGCUGAUAUUCCAAGUGAUCUUCAAGUCCAAAUUGGAGAAGCCAGCUUCCACUUGCACAAGUAUCCUUUGCUAUCUAGAAGUGGAAAGCUGAACAGAAUCCUAUAUGAUUCUCGCGACCCCGACUUGAAUAAGAUAGCUAUGGAUGAUCUCCCAGGAGGGCCUGAAGCUUUUGAACUUGCAGCCAAAUUCUGCUAUGGAGUUGCUAUUGAUUUGACAGCAAGCAACAUUUCCGGCCUAAGAUGUGCUGCUGAGUAUCUUGAAAUGACUGAGGAUCUAGAAGAAGGAAAUCUUAUAUUCAAGACUGAAGCUUUUCUUAGCUAUGUUGUUUUGUCUUCAUGGAGAGACUCUAUAGUAGUGUUGAAAAGCUCUGAAAAGCUGUCACCAUGGGCAGAAAAUCUUCAAAUUGUCCGAAGAUGCAGUGAGUCUAUAGCUUGGAAAGCUUGUGCUAAUCCAAAAGGAAUAAGGUGGGCGUAUACUGGAAGAGCAACGAAAGCUUCAAGUCCAAAAUGGAACGAAAUGAAAGACUCAAGCCCGAGUAGGAAUCAGCUAGUUCCUCCUGAUUGGUGGUUUGAAGAUGUUUCAAUCCUUAGGAUUGAUCACUUUGUUAGAGUCAUUACUGCUAUUAAGGUAAAAGGCAUGAGAUUUGAACUGAUUGGUGCUGGAAUAAUGCAUUAUGCAACUAAAUGGCUACCAGGACUGGCGGGGAACGACACUACAAUCCAAGGAGAGGAAACAAGCAACAAUAGUAAUAGUAGUUUUAGUAGCGGUGACAACAACAGUAGCUGGAGAGGUGGACUUCAUAUGAUUGUUUCUGGAACUAGAGAUGAAACUUCAACUCUUCAAACCAAGGAUCAAAAGAUGGUUAUUGAGAGUCUCAUCAGCAUAAUUCCACCACAGAAAGACAGUGUCUCGUGUAGCUUCCUUCUCAGGCUUCUGAGAAUGGCAAACAUGUUAAAGGUAGCAUAUGCAUUGAUUACUGAUUUAGAGAAAAGGGUUGGAAUGCAGUUUGAGCAAGCUACACUUUCUGAUCUUCUAAUUCCUUGCUAUGAGAAAAGUGAAACUAUGUAUGAUGUGGAUCUUGUUCAGAGGUUGUUGGAGCAUUUUCUUGUUCAAGAACAAACUGAAGGUUAUAGUCCAAGUAGACAAUCCCUUUCUGAUCACAAGAAUGUGGGAAGUAACCUGAAUGCCAAGGCAAGAGUGGCAAGGCUUGUGGACAGUUAUCUUACAGAGGUAUCUAGAGAUAGAAACCUUUCAUCGACAAAGUUUCAGGUUCUUGCAGAAGCUUUACCUGAGUCAGCUAGAGUUUCUGAUGAUGGACUAUACAGAGCAAUUGAUUCAUAUCUCAAGGCACAUCCAACACUAACUGAGCACGAAAGGAAGCGUCUCUGCCGUGUAAUGGAUUGUCAAAAACUCUCCAUUGACGCCUGCAUGCACGCAGCUCAAAACGAACGACUGCCAUUAAGGGUAGUAGUGCAAGUUUUAUUCUCUGAGCAAGUAAAGAUAAGCAAUGCACUAGCCAACAGCUCUCUAAAAGGCAGUGUUGAAUCUCAGUACCAACCAAUGGUAACAAACAGGAAAACGCUUCUCGAAGGGACACCGCAAUCUUUCCAAGAAGGAUGGACAACAGCAAAGAAAGACAUUAACACAUUAAAGUUUGAACUUGAGAGUGUGAAAACAAAGUAUCUGGAGCUUCAACAUGAUAUGGAAAAUCUGCAGAAAAAUUUCGAUAAGCUGCUGAAGCAAAAGCAUACAUCAGCUUGGACUAGUGGGUGGAAGAAACUGAGCAAACUUACAAAAAUGACAAAUGUGGAAAAUCAUGAUAUGGUUCCAAUUUCUGAAGAACCAAACAGAAAGACAACUAGAAGGUGGAGAAACUCAAUAUCUUGAGAGACAUCAAAUUCUCAAUUGCCUAAGAACUGAUACCUCUCAAACUUUAAUUUGUUAUUUGGACUUUUUUCUUUUCUUUUUUGGUCAUAUUUCAUUCCUUUUCCACUUUUGGACAGCAUUCAAGUUUCUUCUAUUUUAAUUCUUUCUUCUUUUUAAUUAGAAUUCUAUGGAAUUCAAAUAACAUGUAAUUUGUGACCAAGUAUAAUCAUAAUUUUCUUGUGUGAAAUUUCAACAUGCA